AUGCAUGUGCUUGUUAUUAUAUAUGCGGGGGGAGGGUGGGAGUGCAGGUCUGGUUUGGGCCAGGGAGGGAGAGGGAGGAGGGAGGGGGGAGAAGAAGGCAUGGGUUUCAAGGGAGGUGGGGUUGCAGGCAGAUGGGCAAGGGAGGGAGCGCAGCGCCAUGCCAUGCCGCAUGCCCCACCAAAUCAGCCCCAGGUGCGUUGUGAGUCGCCUCAGAGCAUAGACACCAUGCCACAUCCCUCACACCUGCCAUCCCCUCACUUGCUCUGCCCCCCCCCGCUCACGUGCUCUGCUCCCCCCGCUCCCUUGCUCUGCCCCCCCCGCUCACUUGCUCUGCUCCCCCCCGCUCACUUGCUCUGCCCCUCCCCACCCAACUUCCCUCCCCACUCCCUUGCGCAGAUAACUUAA